AUGUCGAAGCAGCCAAUUUCCAACGUCAGAGCCAUCCAGGCAAAUAUCAAUAUUCCGAUGGGAGCCUUUCGUCCAGGAGCUGGGCAGCCUCCCAGAAGGAAAGAAAGUACUCCUGGAACUGAGGAGGGAGCACCUGCCACCUCGGAGGAAAAGAAGCAAAUUCCUGGAAUGAAGAAAUUCCCGGGUCCUGUUGUUAACUUGUCUGAGAUCCAAAACGUUAAAAGUGAACUGAAAUAUGUCCCCAAAGGUGAACAGUAG